GGCAACUCCUUCAUCUCUCUCCCUUUCAUCAUCAACCACUGACAACAACAUCCACGAUCACCGUCAAACCCUCUCACCAAGCACUUUGGCCACGUAGCUAGCCAGCACUCUCCCUCGACAACCUCCGUUUCCUCCACAGGGCUUCCUGGACACCCACAGUUCCUUCAACCCUCACACGAAGUACCUCCUCACCCAGAAGUACUCAAGUCAUCACCGUCAACACCACAAGUCCACUUCGUGUCAUCAAACCCCCCAAACUUCAGCCAACAUGUCCGCCGUCGAUUCAGCCACUGCCCAAAUGGCCAACACCACCCUCUCCGAGCCCACCGGCACUGCCGAGGGCGCCAGCGUCGGCGCUGGCGGAGACCGCCCCAUCAACGCUUCUCAGAAUGAGGCCGUCAUCGCCAGCGCCGCAGAGGGAAGGAGACUGUACAUCGGAAACCUCGCCUAUGCGACCACCGAGGGAGAGUUGAAGGAGUUCUUCAAGGACUACCUUGUCGAAACCACCUCGAUCCCCACAAAUCCCCGCACCACUCGCCCCGUUGGCUAUGCCUUCGUUGACGUGUCCACCCCCUCGGAGGCCGAGCGCGCUAUCAACGAGCUCAACGGCAAGAGCAUCAUGGAUCGCAAAGUCUCUGUCCAGCUCGCUCGCAAGCCUGAGCCUGCUGGUGCUGUCGGCGAAGGGGCCGAUGGCGAAGAUGGCCAACAGCGUCGUCGCACAUCAACCCGUGGCCGCGGCCGUGGCCGUGGACGUGGAGGCCGCACCCGCUCCGGACGUGAUGUGAACGGCGAGGCUACCGACGGCCCCACCAACGUUCCUGGCCAGGUUGCCCCCCUCACCUCUACCACCAACGAGGCUCUCACCGCGCAGCCUGGCGAAGAUGGCUCGCUCACCGUCGACCCCAGCAAGGCCGGCAAGUCCAGUGCUCCCAAGCCUCGUAAGCAACGCGGCCCCCCUGAGGAUGGUGUUCCCAGCAAGAUGAAGGUGAUGGUUGCCAACCUGCCAUACGACUUGGGCGAAGAGAAGCUCCUCGAGAUCUUUGCCGAUUACUCGCCCACCUCUGCCAAGAUCGCGCUUCGUCCCAUCCCCAAGUUCAUGGUGCGCAAGCUCCUGGCGCGCAAUGAGCCCCGCAAGGGCCGCGGCUUCGGCUUCGUCACCCUCUCUAGUGAAGAGAUGCAGCAAAAGGCGUGUGCCGAGAUGAACGGCAAGGAGAUUGAAGGCCGUGAGAUCGCCGUUAAGGUCGCGAUUGACUCCCCCGGCAAAGAAGAUGAGGACCCCAAUGCGCCGCUGGAGGGUCACGCCGAGGUCGAUGCCCACCCAUCCACCGCCGAAGGCUCUGCCAACGUCAACACCGCCACCGCUUGAUCCGGAAUUGUCCCUAGCAGUUGAUGACGUGCCGCGACUCAACUACCCCUGCACUCGUUCUGGACCGUAGCUUAGCUGGCAUGGGCUACUGUGCAGCAACUCACCCAUUCACACCCGACAUGAGCGACCUUGGCCGUGCAGACGGGGGCAACGGGGAGGAGUGGAGGGAAGAAGACAAGUAACACAUCAGAUGCGAAUAUCUAGCUAUCCUCGAUUAGCAAUAUGCCACUCUGCUACAUGUGUAUGAAUGCGUCGAUGACCAUCCAUCGUUUUUUUAUCCGUAGUUGAGAGAGG